AUGUCCGGCGGCUGGAGGGGCUAGGCUAUUAGGAUCCGUCCGGAGGAAGCGGGUCGGCCAUCUUGGAUGGUGUAGGAGCAUUACGGAGGGGGUAGAGCGCUAUUGGUGAGCGAGAGGGGGUGAAAAGACACCUCAAAACCUCCCAGAUGCUAAACGGAGUCCUGCCAAGUCGCCGGCCACAAUCUCUAACGGUAGCUGCGGGCCACGGGAGCGGCACAGGCGGAGAAAGUGAAGCGUCUCUCGUCUGUGAGCCUCGCCCCGGUGACAUCUCUUCCCACUCGGGGCCUGUGUGACGGGCUGAUCGGUGGCUCUUGUCUUUCAGCGUCCGUUGCCGCGCUGCUGUACGCAUCUUUCGUAGCCCUCUGCUCGUUUCUUUUUGGUUACAUGUUUGCACUUUAUUUAGAGAAUGGAGACCGUUAUUUGAGCCCUUUGCUACCCCCCAGAAGGAACCAUAAGCUAUCUGUUUAUAAUGAAGCAAGCGGGCUGCUGUGGGGCUUUGCAGUGGUAAAUGAGACUGGAAUACGAACUCUUAAUAUCCCAUAUAAGGAUUGGCUAUCGCCCCAGCCGCUAGAUCCGGCCUGCAUCUAGAUCCUGCCCUCUUCCUCUGUGACUAAUAGGGUUCUUGCACGAGGGGACCAUGUCCACGCGAACCCCACUCCCCACAGUGAAUGAACGGGACACGGAGAACCACACUUCUCAUGGAGAUGGACGGCAAGAUGUACCCACCCGCUCUGGGCGUCAGGGAGCACGCGCUAGAAAUUCAAUUGCAUCAUGUGCUGAUGAACAACCACAUAUUGGGAAUUAUCGACUUCUUAAAACAAUAGGCAAAGGAAACUUUGCGAAAGUUAAACUUGCUCGGCACAUCCUUACAGGCAGAGAGGUGGCAAUAAAGAUUAUUGACAAAACUCAGUUAAACCCCACUAGUCUACAAAAGCUUUUCAGGGAAGUAAGAAUAAUGAAGAUUUUGAAUCAUCCAAAUAUAGUUAAAUUAUUUGAAGUAAUUGAAACCGAAAAAACACUCUAUUUGAUAAUGGAGUAUGCAAGUGGAGGUGAGGUUUUUGACUACUUGGUUGCACAUGGACGAAUGAAGGAAAAAGAAGCAAGAGCUAAAUUUCGACAGAUUGUGUCUGCUGUGCAGUAUUGUCACCAGAAACACAUUGUUCACAGAGACCUCAAGGCAGAAAAUCUUCUACUGGAUGCAGAUAUGAACAUUAAAAUAGCCGAUUUUGGCUUUAGCAAUGAAUUUACUGUUGGCAACAAACUGGACACUUUUUGUGGUAGCCCUCCAUAUGCUGCUCCAGAGCUCUUCCAAGGAAAGAAAUAUGAUGGUCCCGAAGUAGAUGUUUGGAGUCUUGGUGUUAUUCUGUAUACCCUAGUAAGUGGGUCUUUACCCUUCGAUGGACAAAAUUUAAAGGAAUUAAGGGAACGUGUAUUAAGGGGGAAAUACAGAAUUCCUUUUUACAUGUCAACAGACUGUGAAAACCUUCUCAAGCGCUUCCUAGUUCUGAACCCAAGCAAAAGAGGCACUCUAGAGCAAAUUAUGAAGGACAGAUGGAUCAAUGCAGGACAUGAAGAGGAUGAACUGAAACCAUUUUUGGAGCCUGAACUAGAUAUUGCAGAUCAGAAGAGAAUUGACAUUAUGAUAGGAAUGGGAUAUUCUAAAGAAGAAAUCCAAGAAUCCCUUAGCAAGAUGAAAUAUGAUGAAAUCACUGCAACAUAUUUGCUUCUUGGGAGGAAAUCAUCAGAGCUGGACGCAAGUGAUUCAAGUUCUAGUAGUAACCUGUCACUUGCAAAAGUCAGACCGAACAGCGAUUUGAACAACAGCAGUGGACAAUCCCCUCAUCACAAAGGACGCAGUAUUUCAUCUAGCCAAAAACAGAGACGGUACAGUGACCAUGCUGGUCCCGCAGUUCCUGCAGUUACCGCCUACCCAAAAAGAAGUCAAACUAGUACAACAGACAACGAUCUCAAAGAAGAAGUUGGGCAGUCUCGAAAAUCAAGUAGCAUUGGAAGAGGAGUGACACCACCAAGUCCUAUGCUUGGAAAUGCUAACAAUCCAAAUAAGGCAGAUAUUCCAGAUCGAAAGAAGAGUUCUGUUGUUCCCACAACUAAUUCUACAUCCAGUGGUAUGACUCGUCGGAAUACAUAUGUUUGCAAUGAGCGAGCCCCUACAGACCGCCAUUCAGUGAUUCAGAAUGGCAAAGAAAAUAGCCUGACAGGAAUUUUCACUUAUGCAACUAGUCCUGCAUCAGUUUGUGCCAUAUCUUCCAUCUUUGCUCGGCUGCGGCAUCCGAAGUCGAUGUCCAUGUCAGCCUCCAGGCACUCCGAGAUGUUACCACCAAUAGCCAGUGAAGGGGAUAACUUCGGCCCUGACACAAUUCCUGAUCAAAGGACUUCAGUAGCAUCAACUCACAGCAUAACGAGCACCACUACUCCAGACCGCAUGCGUUUCCCAAGAGGAACAGCCAGCCGCAGCACUUUUCAUGGGCAGCUCCGAGAGCGGCGAACAGCUACUUAUAAUGGACCACCUGCCUCCCCCAGUUUAUCCCAUGAAGCCACACCUCUGUCACAUACCCGAAGUAGAGGCUCCACUAAUCUUUUUAGUAAAUUAACUUCCAAAUUAACUAGAAGUCAGAUGCCAUGUAGUGAAGAUCAUAAUGUAUAUAUAUUCCGACAUACGAUGCCAGCCAUGCUUUAAAGGAGUAUUUGGUGCUUAUUGUUCUGUAGCAGCCAACUCACCUGAUAUAUAAAAGUGAAGAUUGGUGAAUUCUGGUGUGCAGUCAUUACCCUCACAUUUAUGAAAGUAAAUGGUUCCACCAAUUCGGAGUUGUCCAUCUUGUACACAUGGUGCAAUCACUUUGUACUUCUCCAUCUCUCCUUGUAUACCUGUUUGUUUAUGCUAAAAUGGUUAUUUUACCACAUAGUGGUAUGUUUUGAAGCCAAUUUACUGCUGUCAAAUUAGAGAUUCUUUCCUGCCAGUUGGGUGCUCUAUUUACUGCUUGUUAAGUCUGUUGAAGUGCAAGUGGUGCACUACUACACAUACUGGAGCUACAAGGGGGGCAGAGUCAAUCCUACAUAUAGUACAGCACCAUUAAACUGCAGCACAUACACACAUGCUGCUUUACAGCAGGUAGCAUCCAUUGACUGUUUCUUAGCUAUCCGAUGUUAUGCAUAACAAGUCAGCAAACUAAUGGGUGCUUUAUUUAGUGUUGGUCUAAAUUGAAUUACAGACUUAUCCUAUUGUCAUUGUCGUGACUCCUAUGCAAUAGAUAGUAUAACUGCCCUUUAGACAACAGUGGAUCUAACUCCAUGAGUAUCUUGCGCAGUUAUGCUUUUCCUCCCUCUUGCCAAAGCAAACCGCAAAAGAUUAUUUUUUUAAUGGACAUUUAAACCUCUAGAGAGAGGUUGAGCACAAUAAGCCAGUAAAAGGGUUAUGCUAAAGCCAGCUGAAAAUAGCCUUGUUUUAUGUUAAGCUGUUACCAGUCCCCUAGAACAGAGAUUGAUUUGAUGUUCUGAUUAUGUGUUAAACUAUGACAACAACCAAAACACACAAAGGCUUUGCGAUUGGGUUCAUCACAGCCUCCUGCCUCCAUUUUGGUUUUGAUGCGGGUAUCAUACCAGUCUUUUCUAGACACAGAGGACAUCCAAUGUUACCCUAACAGUUUCAAGUGUGUGUAAGGCUUAUUAAAUUGAAUGUACUCGUACUGUAUAAUGCAAUGUUUGGCAGCCCAAGUAAUUUACAUCAGUUUGUUAAUGUCAGUUCAGUAAUGUUAUGCUUUGUAUCUACUGCUUAUUUGAAAUCUUUCUCAGGGCCAAAUAACUAAACUAUGUACUGAAAUGCUAAGUUUAUUUGUUAUUUUCUAAAACCAUAGGGAUGAUCUAGAUCUGGCUGGUCCAGGAGUUAUGUUGACACAUUGCGACAUACUAAUUCUGAUUAGUGACAUUAAAUAAGAAUGUUUUGUAAUUUCUGAUUUUUAUGGAGUUUACAUUAGUUCCAUCAUGACCUGCUUUGUAACCAACUCUAAUAAAACUGUUCAGAAUGA